AUGGUGCCAGUCAUGCAGACCGCAUUUCUGCUCACGGACACAGACCUUUCGGCUGACAGCCAGAGUGUGACCGACUUCCUGCACAGUCACCUGCGCGCUGUGUGCGACUUGGAGCAAAACAAACAACGGGUCAUGCAGGUUCUGGAGACACCGGACGCUGAAAGCUUCCUCGAGCGAGCUGCUACUUUGCAGAAGAAAGUCGCCCCUGUGCUCGCGUCGAAGCUGCAGACGUUGCGGGCCGAAGUGGACAAAACGCUCACGGUGCUCCAAGAGCAGCUGGCCGAGAAGAAUCUCGCAAAAGCAAGCGCCAUAGAGGAGGAUAUGGCCACGCGACUUGCAACAACCAAAAGUGCUGCCCGUGCCCAGAUCACGAC